AUGCCAAGUCAUGCGUUAGACAUGACUGUACUUGGACUUAAUAGUGGAACCUCCAUGGACGGGAUAGACUGUGCCCUCUGCCAUUUUCGCCAGGAGACACCUGAAUCGCCGAUGCACUUUGAGUUAUUGAAGUAUGGCGAAAUUCCUCUUGAGCCCGUGAUCAAGAAACGUGUGAUGAAUAUGAUUUUACACAACAAAACCUCACCUUCUGAACUUUCAGAGGUAAAUGUGAUUCUUGGAGAGACAUUUGCAUCUGCCGUGCAUCAAUUUUGUAAGGACUAUCAGGUUGAUAUCAACUCGAUAGACGUCCUGGGCUCUCACGGUCAAACAAUCUGGCUUCUUUCCAUGCCAGAUCUUGGUGAAACCCGAAGUGCUUUGACGAUGGCAGAGGGAACAUUCCUGGCCUCUCGUACAGGCAUCACAUCAGUGACAGAUUUCCGGGUCAGUGAUCAGGCAGCUGGACGUCAAGGGGCCCCUUUGAUUGCAUUCUUUGAUGCGCUGGUGCUGCAUCAUCCGACUAAGCUACGUGCUUGUCAAAAUAUUGGUGGUAUAGCCAACGUGUGUUUUAUCCCACCCGAUACACAUGGUGGUGUAGACGAGUGUUAUGAUUUCGACACAGGCCCAGGCAAUGUGUUUAUUGACGCUGUUGUACGCCACUAUACCAAUGGAGAGCGUGAAUAUGAUAAGGACGGCGAGAUGGGUGCCCGUGGCACUGUCGAUCAAGAACUAGUCGAUGACUUUCUGGGCCAUCCGUAUUUUGCCUUGAAGCCGCCGAAGACAACAGGUCGCGAGGUCUUCCGUGACACACUUGCCCAUGAACUGAUUGAAAAAGCCGAGAAAAAGGGACUCGAGCCGGAUGAUGUUGUUGCCACUAUCACCCGUGUCACAGCACAGGCCAUCGUGGAUCAUUACCGUCGCUUUGCGCCCCAGGGCCUUGAGAUUGAUGAGAUCUUCAUGUGCGGGGGUGGUGCCUAUAACCCCAACAUCAGUGCCUUCAUCCAACAGAAUUAUCCGAAUGCUCGAAUUCUGAUGCUGGAUGAGGCCGGAAUCCCAAGCGGCGCCAAAGAGGCCAUCACCUUUGCUUGGCAAGGUAUGGAGGCGGUAGUUGGUCGCUCCAUACCUGUUCCAACUCGGGUUGAGACUCGCGAGGGUUAUGUACUGGGCAAGGUAUCACCUGGAAAAAACUAUCGCAAAGUAUUGCGUCAUGGUAUGCUUUUCGGCGCAGGCCGGGAUCACCUUCCGCCCGUGAAAGAGCUGGUAAACUAUGUCAACGGAGAGGUUUAUAACAAUAAGUGGUAA